CGACUGCUUAGAAAUUUACAUGCUUAGUACCCUUUUCGUCCAUGAUGACCUCGAGUGACUGUUGCUUCACAAUGCGACGAUAGCUUUUGAAACCUAGUCAGAACAUUCAUCAUGGCACAAAAACCUGUGCUUAUCUCGGGCGCCGGGCUGGCGUCGCUCCUGCUCGCGCGUUCUCUUUUGUUGUCGAAGAUUCCAUUUCGUGUCUUUGAGCGCGACGCGUCUCUCUCUUUCCGGGGACAAGGAUAUCGUCUCCGACUCUCGUCUGAAGGGCUAGAUGCGAUUGAGUCGGUUCUUGACCCGGCGGCCUUUCAACGCUUCUAUGACCGCUGUGGCAAGACAGGUGGCAGUGGGUUUACAGGCUUUGACGCCAUCACCGGUGCCGUUUUCGAAGAGAGCAAAAUGGGGGAGAGCCUCGGAUCGAGAGACGGAAAGAUUGUCGGCAUAGCUAGAGGUGAAAUGAGGAAACUGUUCAUGGAAGGGUGUGAGGAAUUUGUGCAAUUCAACAAACACGUCAAAGGUUAUGAACUGACGGAGGACGGCGUUCGGGCCAUAUUCGCCGACGGUUCGAAAUCAGAGGAAGGGUCACUCCUGAUCGGCGGUGACGGCAUCAAGUCGAGCAUAGCCAAGCAAGUGUCUGGCGGUCGACUCAAGGUCUACGACACCGGUGCAAGAGGCAUCCAUGGGCAAGCACCCACGACAGCGUUCAAAGGUCUGGGGGAGGGUGUUUUUCGACUUCAAGACGACUCGAAGCCUACCGGACGAGUGGGACUCAUAACGAAUGUGAGACCCAAUGAUAUGGACGAUGCCAAUGUCGAAUUCGGUUGGACGCUGUCGGCCAUGCCUGGCGUGAUCAAGGCCCCGAACGACGACUACACAAUCGUCGGCAAAGUCGCGGCUGAUAUUGCCAAGUCCCUCACGAAGGACUGGCAUCCUCGGUUCAAACCUCUGAUCGAUCAAAUGAAUGAACCCGAAGCGGCGUUCUGGAAGAUCACUUGCUCGACUCCCAGCGGAGUGCCAGAAUGGCCCAACGAGCCUCGCCUCACGGUGAUUGGAGAUGCAGCGCAUUCAAUGACCCCUGCUGGUGGCCUCGGUGCGAACACUGCCGUCAGAGAUUCAGCUCUACUAGGACGAUUAUUGCAUGAAGCUGGCGGGUACAGAGAAGGGUUGACGGCCGAGUAUGAGAAGGGAAUGAGAGUGUAUGCGAGCGAGGCUGUGGGACAAAGUUACGGCAUGGCCACGAAGAUGUUCAAGGUUACGAUCAAUGAAGCAUCACAUACAAUGGAGGCAGAGUAGGAGAAGAGCAGUAUACAUCUAUUAUUACCCAGGUGGUCAGUGUAUUGACAGUGAUUGGAAUGAUUCCACGAGAGGAGUUGAUAUGAUACGUGGACGUCUACCUG